AUGUCCAAACAUUGUGAUGCGAAAGUUAACGGCAGAUCUGUAACGCUCCGAAAUAUCCUCAGUAUUGCCCUCUCGGGAGAAGAGGCAAAAGAAAGUAUCAAUCUGCUGGGUGCCGCCACAGUGAACCUGUACAAGGAAUGUCAGUCCACUGAACGGCCACAAACUCCCAAUAUUCCUGGACCUAGCCAGAACUCACAACACAUCAGUGUGAUAGUCGAUUUCAGCGGAAUUGAAGCACAUAUCAACAUCACGAUCUCUUAA